ACUAGAUCAACAUGAAGACCUUCUUGAUUUUAUCUUGCGUUGCAUUGGCUGUUAUUGCCGCACCCGGAGCUAAGGAUGCCAAAUCCUCCGAAAAGACUAAACGUCAUCUUGGAGAGAACUUGUACUACUUUGAUUCCUUGCCACAAACAUACAGUUCUCCACUUGUAGACAACUCCGUCCUUUUGUCCAACUCGGCUCAAUUCUACAGCGCCCCUGUUGUAAGACAAGAAGUUGCUCAACAUACUGUCCACAACGUAAUCAACAAAGUACCAGUUGCCAUCGCACAACCCGUUGCUGUACCUAUCACCAAGACUGUUAAAGUAGUCCAACCCUACCCAGUUGCUGUUGAGAAACCUCUUCCAGUACAAGUUAGAGUAAAUGUACCAUAUGCAGUUGACAAACCUUACCCAGUUCAAGUACCAUACCAAGUUCCAUACCAAGUUAGAGUAAAGGUACCAUAUACAGUAGAAAAACCUUAUCCAGUUACAAUCACCAAAACUGUACCUGUAGCUGUUGAGAAACCCGUAUACGUCAAAGUACCAGAAGUAGUCAAAGUACCAGUUGCUCAACCCUACCCAGUUGCUGUCCAACGUAAAGUAGCUGUUACUGUACCUGAACCACUUGUUGUUAAGGUACCUGAACUCAUCAACGUACGCCACAAUAUCUAUAAACAGCCCGUUGUCCGCCAACAAGUAGUUGAACAAGUCAGCUUGCCAGUAUACAGCCAACAGGUGUACGGACAAGAAUACGGUCUUUCAUCUGGUCUCCAAUCCUCUCAAUUCAUCUCUGGUGAAUUUCUCCCAAGUGAACAAGCUCCCCCAUGCCCCUUGAGCCACGGUAACAACAAAGACAGCUUCGGAUCAUACGGUAAACACAUCAUCUUUGCCCGUAACGCAGACAAAGAUGCCCAGAAACACUAAGAUUACUGACUUUGAUGACAAAUGUAUAUACUGUUGAUAUUCGACAAAAUGUGUACGUAAACAUUUAGUAUUUUUAAAUAAAUUCUAAUAAAAUUAA